AUGGUGAUCUUGUGUGCUUACGGCUCCUCAGGACAGAUGCAGGACUUGAUCGCCGUAGGUCCUUCCCCUCCUGCUCUUCUUCGGACAGAAGCUGUUCUCUACUCUGACGCACGCGCACAGGCCGCGGCCGCCUCUCUUUCGGCACAGCUUGGCGAGCGGGUCGACGCAACGGGCAUCCUCCCUAAGCUCACGCUGCUCCCCCCACCCACACAGCAAGCUAUGGCCUCGUACAAACUGCUACUGGGCGCUGCGGACUAUGUUGUGCAUAAGUUUUGUAAGGAAAAACCGACGGUGACUGACGCGACGACCGUCUCCACGACAGGGCUGACGCGUGGGGCGCAUCGCGAGUAUGAUAGCGAGAUGCUGCGCCUGGCCGGUCUAGGGCACUUCGAGACGUUGCUACCGGACAUAUUGGCGCGGCCGCAAGUGGUGGGACGCGUGAGUAAGUUGGUAGCAGAGGAGUUGGGGAGAGGGGAGAUGGAGGGGAUUCCGGUGGUGCACGCGGGAGGCGACGCGUUUAGCGCGACGGUUGGGGCAGGGAGAGAGGGGCGUGGGGGGGGGUUGUAUGUGUAUUGUGGGAGCAGCGGGUGGGUGGGAGGGAGCGUGGAGCGGAAGGGGUUGAAGGAGGUCGAGGACGGGGUGUUCAGGCUUGGACACGCGGGUGAUGAGAGGUUAGAGGUGAGGGUGGGGAGCGUGGGAGCAGCAGGGGUGAACGUGAGCUUUGCGGGGGCAACGCUGCUGGGGGGAGUAGACGCGGGGGAGGUAUGCCGACUGGCGAGGGGGGCUGCAGUGGGGGCGGGGGGGCUGAGUUAUGUCCCAUACUUGGAGGGGAGAAGGUGUCCGAGGCCCAGCGUGGGGAUGAGGGGGGGCUUGGUGGGGAUGACGGGCGGGGUGGGACGGGAGGAAGUGGCGCGAGCAGUGGUGGAGGGAGUUGUGUUCGCGCUGGCGGAGGCGGGGGGCGGUGGUGCGGGAAGGGGCGUGCGCAUGGUUGGGGGAGGUGUCGAGUGUGAGGUGCUUGUGAGGGGAAUUGCAGCUUUGGUUGGUGGGGGGGAAGUGGAGGUCGGAAGCGAGGCGAAGGGUGUAGGGAUUGUGGGAGCCGGGCGAACGGCAAAGGAGGUUGUCGAUGGGGAGGCGGGAGAGGAGUGGUGGAGUACGGAGAAAGUCGUGCGGGUUGGCGAGGAAGAGAUGGGAAGGUGGGUCGAGGCGUUUGCGCAGUGGAGGAGGUCUGUGCAGGUGAUGGAGGGACUCCUGUGACAGGCCGGCACUAGCACUGCUGUCCGCAAAGCAUGAAUUCGAAGCGUGCUCGGUUGCAUUCUAGCCAUGCAUUGAUUUUUCUAUUUCUUCGAAACCCUUUCAUCUCCGACCCUGCUGCUCCGCUUCCACUUGAACAUCUCCCUUCGACAUGCUCCAACUACGAGUUUGCCUCGCCGCGACGGAGACUUCACUCCCCGUCGCUGUACCCGACGCCGCCACUGUCGCCGACUUACGCGCCGCUAUUUUUGCCGCCGCGCCCGCGCGGCUAGACCCAGCGAAGCACCGUCUGCGUCUCAUCGCCGCGGGGAAGCUGUUACAUCCCGCGGCGACGCUGGCGAGUGCCUCCGUGCAUGACGGCGACUUCAUCCACUGCGCCGUGUCGGAACUGGACGCCGCGCACGCCCCCGACCCCAAGACUGACCAUGCCGACGCCGCGUCGCAGCACGGACCGCGCCCGAUUCUCGUCACCGAGGACGCCACAGGCGAGACUCGCAUCCUGCUACCGGCCGCCACGCAGACUAUUGCCACCCUGCGCGCUGCGGGGCUGUCGGACGAGCAAAUCAUCGCCGUGCGCUUUUCCUUCUUGCUUGACGAGGAGGAGGAGGCCGGCGGGGAGCCCCUGCGGCUCGACUUGGACGAGCUUGAGGCGAAUGAGCGCCUCGCCCUUGCGGCGCAGAAUCCGGGUGGGGUGCAGAUGGAAAUGCCGGAAGCGGAAGAUGGCGCGUGGACAGACUAUUUGUUCGGGUUCACGUUAGGGGCUCUGUUGGGACUAAUCAUGCUCAUUUUGUCGCUCGAUCGCAGCAUUGCGCUGAGCAGGAGAUGGAAGAGGGGGAUUGCUAUGGGGGCAUUGUUGAACGUUGUGUUUGGAGUGGCGCUGCUGGUUAACGACGGUAGCCCACGGUGAGCGGGCGGGCGGUCGGGGAAGAGAUUGCGCCGCACCUCGACACGUCACUGCGUUUCUUGCUUUUACCGUUUUUGCUAAUCCUCUCCCAUUUUCGUCCUUCCGUAGCUAUUGGCUGCUACUCUCCACGUCGGUGAGUGAAACCUGGAUUGGUGUUUUACGACGCAGAGUUCUACUGUAUUAUUCGCUAACUUGUCCGUCAAGAAAAGAUAGAACAGGAGACGCUUUUGCUUCUUUCUGUUUCGAAUACAGCAUUAUGCAAGUGAUAAGCAUCACUUCAACUGAAACUUACACAGGCAAACAGAAAUCCACUCUUCAGCAGUCUUACCUUCUACCUGUCGAACGCUAUUUUGAUUUCACGCGUAGUGUUCGUUCGUGAUAAUAAAUUAAACCUGGAAUCCCGAAGUUUUAA